AUGUCAAGGCUACGAGACAAGUUCAGAAAAUAUUUAUCUGAUGGUGAAAAACUGAAGAAAACAAAUUCUAUGCGUGGUUCUUUAGUCAAGUUUUUGAAUAAACCAAAUAUUGUAUCAGAUUAUUUCGAUGUUAUAACAAAAUGCAAUGUAAGCAGUACAGCAGUAGUUUUCUAUAAUUUAUAUAUACUUAUUUAUAUAUUAUGGUUCGACCUAAUGCAUUUUUAGGAAUGUAAAGGAGUACAGGAAUAUGAAUGUCAAGAGAUUGUUCAUAUUCCAACAAUCAAUAAUAAUAUUCAAGAAAAUAGUGUUGAUGAUCCGUUACCUGAAAGCGUAGGUUAUUUUAAAUAAUUAAAUAUAUCUAAUGUAAUAUUUCAACUUUAUUUAAAUUAUAAUUCACUUUUAGAAUACUAUAUGCUAUUACUCUGAAGACAUAGAAGACCCAGGUAACUGGCUAAAUCUUAUCUCAAAAGCCAUACAAUUAAUAAUUAUAAACAAAUUUAAAUUUCCAAGGAAUGAAAAUAAUAGAUGUUUUGGUGAGAAUUAUUAUAAGAAAUUAAUGAGCAAUGGAGAAUCAGUUAAUUGAUCUUGGUUAAUUUACUCAAUUAAAAAAGAUAAAGUAUACUGUUUUUCAUGUUGAUUAUUUGCAAACACACUAAAUUUGACUGAUUUUAUUGAUGGAAUUAAUGACUGGUAACAUUUAGGCAAUAGAAUUAAAUCGCAUAAAUUUAAAAAAGAUCAUCUAAAAACAAUGCAGCGAUGGAUGGAUUUGUCUUUAAAUUUAGAAAAUGGUAAUACAUUGGAUCAUCAUAUUCAAAACCAAAUACUUACUAAAAAAGAUAGAUGGAGAACUGUAUUAAAAAGAAUCACUGCAUGCAUACCGUAUCUUACUAGACAAAAUGAUACGUUUAGGAGAAAACAUUGUACAAUUUAUAAUGAUCAGAAUGGUAAAUUUCUUAAGUUAAUUGAAAUGAUUGCAUCAUUUGACAAUCUAAUGGGUGAACAUUUAAGAAAAAUCAAGAAAUUCAUCAACAUUAUUUGGGGCUUCAAACUCAGACAGAGUUAAUAAAUUUAAUUGGAAACAAAAUAAGAAUGGAAAUGAUUUCAAGAAUUAAAAAUUCAAAUUAUUACACAAUAAUGCUUGAUAUUACACCGGACAUAUCUAAUAAACAACAAUUAGAUUUAAUUAUAAGAAUUUUACGUAUAAAAAAAAAUUAAUGAUAAAAGGGUAGUAGAAAUACAAGAAUACUUUAUACAUUUUCUUCAUACAACCUUCAAAAUUGGAUUGGGAUUAACAAAUGUUUUGAAACAAAAACUAGGAAAUUUGGGUUUAUGUUUAUCAAAUUAUUGUGGUCAAGCCUAUGAUAAUGGUGCAAAUAUGGUAGGGAAUAAGCAAGGUGUUCAAGCUCGUAUUUUAAAGGAAAAUCCAAGAGCCCUAUUUUUACUGAGUUGUGCUCACUCAUUAAAUUUGUUAUUAGGUUUUUAGUAUGUCAUUACAUAUUUUUUAUGCAUUUAUAAAAUCCAAUCUAAAUUAUAAUUUUUUUUUUAGAAGAUAUAGUAAAUGUAUAUGUCAAGCUAUGAUUUUCUUUGGGAUAAUACAAAGAUUAUACACAAUAUCUUCAGCUUCUACCGAAUACUGGGAAAUUUUAAACAGACAUUUGCACGGUCUUACAUUGAAGUCGAUUUGUGAAGCUAGAUAAGAGUGUCGUCUAGAAUCAGUGAAAGCAGUAAAAGAGCAAUUACAAGAAAUUAGUGAAGCUCUACUAGAAAUUAUCAAUACAACAAAAAUACCAGCAAUUGAGACAAAAUCACUUCUUAAAUAUAAAAUGACAUUUGAAUUCAUUUUAAGCACAGAGACAUGGUAUGAUUUAUUAAAUGCUAUCACCAAAUUAAGUAAAACCUUACAAAUAAACACAUUUUUAUUGAUUUCGCUUUAGAGAACUAUGUUGCCCUGAAAAUAUUCUUAACAGGAUAUCGAGAAAAUGGUUAUGAAAAUACAAAGAGAAACUUAAAGUAUGUCAAUAAUUGGAAAUCAUAUCAGUUUAAAAAAAAAAAAAAAAAUGUUUGGUUAUGAAAGUCCAAGUAUGAGUAUAUCUGCUUGUAAUAAAAAUGAGAAUUCUUUUAAAAAUUAAUAUUUUUUUCCAAUUUUGGACCAAUGGAUAGUUUUCAUAAAUGAAAGGUUUCAACAAUUGAACAAAUUUAAUGAUUAUUUUGGUUUCCUAUAUAAUAUCGGAAGUAUUUCUGAAAUGGAUGAAGAUGAUUUAAUGAAACAUUAUAUGGAUAUUAAAAUCCUGCUAGAAGUUGGUGAUACAAAAGAUAUAAAUGGUCGACAGUUGGCCCCUUCCCCUAUUUGCGCCUGUGGCUCUUACCUCUUUAUAUCAAUAUAUGCAGCUGACAAUAAUGACAUUUUAAGCCCCACAGUUUUACUUCGCUCUGGGCCCCGCAAAUAG